AUGUUCCGCUUGCCACGACCCGAGCCUGGGGAUCUCCUGUUCUUUUGUAAGAACGAUGCCGCUCAAUCGUUCGAAGCUGCCGUUCUGGAAGUAGCUACAGUCGACUCCAGUGUGUAUCAUGUAGCUUUAUGUGUAGAUGAGCAUAAUGUUGUUCAUGCUACACCGUCUAAUGGUGUAGCGUUAGAAUCUCUACGAGAGGCUAUAGAAUCUUGUACUCCAGACUACGUUGAGUUGGCCAAGGUGAAUGUGAAUCAGAAUUGGAAGAAGGAGGCUUGCCGCUUGGCUAGGAAGGAAGUCGGCCGAGCUGUCUAUAACGAUCUUUUUUCGAGCGACUUUCUCGAUUCUCAGAACCGUCGUGCCUUCUAUUGUUGUCAGUUAGUGUGCUGGUCUUACUAUCAGAGUCACCCGAAGCAGGAGAGUCCGUUCGUGCCUCAUCGAUUGAAUUUUAAAAACGCGGACGGAGCAAUCAGUGACUUUUGGGUUAAUUACUACAGAGAACGAGGGAACCGUGCCGUGCCGCAGGACGAGGUUGGUUCUCAUCCAUCCAAGUUGCGAGUGUCGCCGACUGUCACUGUGACAGCUACACGGCCUACAAGAAUGAGCAGUAAGUUGUCGAUUCCACGAACGUUCUUGAAGAAUCUGCAUUUUGUAAAUGGAAGCUACGGGUCAGAAUGUUUGUCGAACAAAUUCACAGUAUACGAACCACGGACAGGUAUGGCUUGAAUGCUUAAUUUAGGAAUAAAUAUGACAAUUUAUAUCUAAUACUCAUUCGUAUAGUAACUCAUGCUUAUAUUAUCCCACUUUAAAGUAAAGUAUGCUUUUUAAUACCUAAAUGAACGAGUAUGUUUGAAAAAAUAUUUAAUAAUUUUGAUUUUCAGGUGGCAUUUUAACAGAAAUAGGCUCAGCUACAUCUCAAGAUGUUCAUGAGGUAGUUCAAGUAGCAAAGCAUGGCCAAAAGAAGUGGGCCGAGAUGGGAUGGCAGGCCAGAGGAGAUGUUCUGAGGAAAAGUGCUGGGUUGACAAGGGAAAACGUUGAUUUACUAGCUGAUUGGGAGGUCCGGGACAAUGGAAAGCCUAUCAACGAAGCAGUUUCUGACGUUUUAUCUUGUGCUGAAACUUUGGAGUUCUUCAGUAGUAAGUUCUUACUGUAAAUACAUUGUUUUUAUUUAGUAAGUAAUAUAAUAUAACUUUUUUAGAUCCAAAUUUGGCCGGCCAGUUUCUACCGUACGAUGGAGAUCAUCAGAAGUUUGCUUAUACGAGAAGAGAGCCAUUAGGUGUGGUUGGUGCGAUUGGAGCAUGGAAUUAUCCUAUUCAGACGGCUACAUGGAAGAUUGCUCCAGCUAUUGCCUGUGGCAAUUCUAUCAUUUACAAGCCUAGCCCAUUAACACCUGUUACUUCGGUAUGUUGUUAGAGCUUUGAUGAUCUACUAAGCAAGUUGAAAAGUUUGUUUUUAAACUUGUUUUAGUUGUUUUUAGUUUAUAACGCUACCAGAUUCUCUGAAUUUAAGUAACAAAACGUCAAUCACCUAUAUUACUGUUUCUAGGUACUAUUAGCAGAAAUCUUGACAAUGGCUGGCAUUCCAGAUGGAGUUGUGAACAUUGUACAAGGUGAGGCAGAAACGGGUACAGCUAUAUGUUCUCAUCCUGACAUACGAAAGGUCUCCUUUACUGGCAGUGUACAAACUGGAAAGAAGAUUGCUCAGAACUCGAACAAUGACAAUAUAAAGCCUGUUACUCUCGAACUUGGAGGCAAGAGUGCUUGUAUUGUGUUUGAUGACGCUGAUAUCGAAGUCGCUGUUCAUGGAACUAUGAUGGCCAACUUCUAUAGUCAAGGUGGGGUUUUUACUACAGGAUUAUAUAUCGUUAGCUACUGAAUUUUACGUUUUAAGGAAAUUGUUUUACGUCAUCAACAACAUAAUUUUAGGCCAAGUAUGUUCAAACGCCUCAAAAGUGUUUGUCCACACAUCGAUCAUCGAGGACUUUACAAAUAUGUUGGUGAACAAAGUCAAGGCCAUGAAGGUAGGAGACCCAUUAGAUAAGGCUGUUCAUGUUGGAGCCUCCAUCUCUAGUGAUCAUGUGGACAAGGUUCUUGGCUUUGUGGAUGAUGCAGUUAAGGAUGGAGCCAGGAAACUUUGUGGAGGUGAAAAAGUGAAAAUUGAAGGUCUCGAGAAUGGGUACUAUAUGUCGCCAUGUGUGUUGAGUAAUCUACAACCAACGAUGAGAGCGUACAGGGAAGAAAUAUUUGGACCGGUACUAUUGGUAAUUCCUUUUGAAAACGAAGAAGUAAGUUGGGUAGUGUUAAUAUUAUUGUGUUAGUAUUGUAAUCAAAAUUUGAUGUGUUACCUAAAAUUUGUAAAUUUAUCUUCUGUAAUGGCAUAUUUGAGGACGAGUCUUCACUUUUAAGUCAGAUUUGUAAUAUGUUGAUAUAUAAUAGGGUCUGUAAUGGCUACCUGGGCGCAUAAAUGCAAGGUAUAAAUAUUGGUCUUAAAAUCACAUGACAUUUUUAGGACGUGCUUGACCGUGCCAACGAAACCGAAUACGGUUUGGCAGCUGGAGUCUUUACUACAGAUUUGCAAAGAGCCCACUCAUUUGCCAACCGGUUGACAGCAGGAAACGUAUACGUUAACACAUUUAACGAUGUUUGUAAGUUUUUCAAUUUUAGGUUGUUUAGGAUAAAAUUUAAAAGGAUUUUUUAGCAAAAUAACUCCUAUCUAUUAUAUUUGCAUUAUGUUUUCAAUUUUAGCACCAUGGGUACCAUUUGGAGGCUAUAAUCAAAGCGGUUAUGGCCGAGAAAACGGCCAAGCGGCCAUCGAAUAUUAUUCCCAAAUCAAAUCGGUGUUUAUGAAUGUCAGUGGCAAACUAGACAAUCCUUUCCCGUAG